AUGAAUAAUAAUAAUAGUUUGGGAGUUAAAGAGAAUAGAUACAAAUGCAAAUCAUUUUUUGAGUUAUAUUCUAAUUCAUUGCUUUAACAAAAGACUAAAUCCAGAGAUGCCCAAUAGUAUUAAUCACUUUGUUAGCCUGAAGAUAAAAAAAAUGAAUAAUUAUAAAUUAGACCAAAGAGAUCUGUUUAAUAUAAUUCAAUUUAAAUGGAAACUAAUUAAAUUGAAAAUUAUUCUAAUUCCCUAAGAAGAUAAAGUACGGAACCAAAAAAUAAUUAGAAACGAAGAAAUAAUAUAACAAAAACUGUAUAAAAAUUAUAAUUAAUUAGUUCUGAUAGAAAAUAUUAAGUUAUAUCGACUUAUUAAAAUCUUGUGAGAUUGAUAAUUUUAUUAAUCAAAACAUUCCAAUUGAAGAAAUUAAAAUUAAGGAUCAUCAUCAGAAUUCAGAUAAUCGUAAAAGUAGCUUGAUUUACAAAGAAAAUUAAAAGGAAAAUAAUGUAAAAUUACCAGUUUUAAAAAAAGAUUGUUUAUGUAUAAAAUGUAUAUAAGGUUUAGAAUUUGAUAAAAUUGAUUUUAAAGUUAGUUAGAGUAAAUUAAUGAGAUUUGGUGAAAGUUUUGUAACACCAUUUUUUGGAACUAAAAAACCAAUAUCUUUAGAGAAGCGACCUUGUGAAUUUUAAGGAGUUGUUUAUAAGAGAAAAAAAUGA